AUGACUCUGAAGCAGCGCUCAAGUUCGCUUCUCAAACGGUUGGAAGUGGAACAUGAACCUGAUCUAACAAAUACCCAAUUAUUUCUGAGCAACGAGGAUCUGCAACCAGUCCCACCCGAACGUCGUACAUGGAAAGCCUGGAACUUUUAUGCUUUCUGGAUUGCGGAUUCAUUUAAUAUUAAUACAUGGAUGAUUGUGAGCUCAAUGAUCACUGACGGGCUGUCGUGGUGGCAGGCCUGGGUUUGUGUCUGGCUGGGCUAUGGAAUUGUUGCCCCUUUCAUUGUUCUCAAUGCUCGUCCCGGGGCCAUUCAGCACAUUACAUUUCCUGUCGUAGCACGUACCAGUUUUGGGCUCUGGGGGAGCUUAUGGUGCACAUUCAACCGUGGAGCCAUGGCAUGCAUAUGGUAUGGCGUCCAAGCAAGUAUAGGAGGUAGCUGUGUGCUCGUUAUGCUGCGUUCGAUGUGGCCCAGCGUUCAGAAUAUUCCGAACUCUAUGCCUGAAUCUUCUGGCACAAACACUCGGGAUUUCAUGUGCUUCUUCCUCUUCUGGCUUAUCUCAUUGCCAGCUAUUUGGUUCCCGAUCCACAAGAUCCGGCAUUUGUUCACCGCAAAAGCCAUCGUAGUACCCAUUGCAGGUAUCGCGUUCUUUGUUUGGUCUAUCGUUAAAGCAAAAGGUGUUGGUCCAAUCAUCCAUCGCCCGGCCAAGCUACAUGGUUCCGAGCUGGGAUGGGUUAUGGUCAAAUCCCUCAUGAGUUGCAUCAGCAACAUGGCCACGCUAGUUGUUAAUGCACCGGACUUUGCUUCCCGAGCUCACCGACCUUCCAACGCUGUGAUGCCGCAGCUUAUCUCUGUUCCUCUUGGAUUCUCCCUCGUCUCGUUCCUCGGCAUCAUCGUGUCAUCAUCGAGCGAGGUGAUCUAUGGCGAACCUGUUUGGUCCCCGGUCGACCUCCUUGGAAAACUCCUGGACGGAAAUCCCAGUCAUGCGACACGAUUUGGAGUUUGGUUCAUUUCAGCCUCGUUUAUUCUAGCCCAGCUUGGAACGAACAUAUCUGCGAACUCAGUCAGCGCCGGGUGUGAUCUGACAGCACUUUUUCCUCGGUUCAUCAAUAUCCGUCGUGGUGGGUACAUCGCGGCGAUCGUCGGACUUGCUAUGUGCCCGUGGCAGCUGCUAAAGGACAGCAAUAGCUUCACCAGUUAUCUGUCAGCCUACUCAGUUUUCCUGAGUUCCAUUGCUGGGGUUAUGAUUACUGAAUAUUGGCUUAUCCGCCGCGGACACUACCGCAUCGCCGAUCUCUACCAUACCGAGCGCACUGGAUGGUACUGGUAUACGUUAGGGAUCAAUCCAAAAGCUUAUGUUGCAUACAUUUCAGGAAUCUUGAUCAACGUUGUUGGGUUUGCGGGGGCCACUGGUCAGACCGUUCCUCUUGCUGCAACGCGCAUCUAUCAAAUGGCAUUCUUCACCGGAUUUGGAGUCUCUUCGAUCAUUUACUAUGUACUAAACCGUAUCUGGCCGUCACCUGGGAGCUGGCAGACUUUUGAAGAAGUCGAUGAAUCUGGGUGGCACCCAGUCGAGGAACAUCGCCGCGAUUCCGAAGAAGAGGACAGUUAUAGCGUAAAAAAGCAGGGAGAUGAUGCCUUUGUAAGAGAAGUGCCUGUAGCAUAG